AUGGCUUUACGCAACCUUACCAAAGUUCCAAAACUGUGUCUUGUGUAUUUUGCUGUUGACAAAAGUACAUGCGUUAUUGAAACAAAAAAAAUGCGAUCGAAAGAGACAGGGAAGCUGUUUUCGGAGACUGCACCAAAUGCGAGAGACGUGGUUACGGUUAAAAGUGGAGGCAAGCUGCUGGAAGCUAUGGUUAUUGCGACAGGUGGUAAGUAACGUCGCCUUUUCCGAUCUUUUUCCCGAUCAUUGAUAACGCAUCUAACGGAUGUUUCGCUGCAUUUUAAGUUUUUGUUAUACAUGUAAUUGUUGUUGCCCUUUAAGGCUUUAUAACGAUUGCAUUUUCUCAAUUUUUAGAUAACGAAGAUAACCUUAGUAAAGAGAAAAGGGCUUUCGUUGAAAUGAACGCAGAGCUUUUCGACCCCGAACCGGUUUCUCUCUUCAGUACACGGUUUUUUUCCCGACUUGUCACGCACUUAUGACAUGAUUCGAGUUAUCGAGGGUAGAAUUGUCUAGAAAUGAGCUGAAGGGAAACAAAAAUUACUUCGAGUUAGCGGGAGAUUCGAGUUACCGAGGGUAAACUUACAGUAAAUGUAAGAAGGAAAUCCAGGGGAAAUCGACUUUGGUUUGAGUUAGCACGGGUUCGAGUUAUCGGGAGUCAACUGUAUUUUGCUGACGUAGUCAGGAGCGAUUUGGUUAGCAGUUGAAAUUUGAUUCCUUUCCCGUGGGAUCUUAACAUUCAGCCCGCAACGGAAUGAUUGAAGCAGGAUGGAAGCAGAAGCAAUGCUCACUAAUUUGAAGCAUCAAAAUGAGAGGAACAAACAAUUUUCUUUGGUCGAGAGUUCCUUUCAGAAAAGAGAUGUUUGAAAGUUUUUAUUAGCGAAGAGGUAACAGUGCCUCAGAACACGGCAGACCCUAACAACACGGUCUUGUGA